AAUACUACAUGUAUUAAAUAUUUUAAUGAUCCACCAUUAGGGGAGUAUAAACUUAUUCCUGAUAUAUCAAAUGCACCUUCUCUUUUUCAGGUAUAUUCAAUACACGAUUUAUCUAUUAUAAUUAGUAAUGAUGAUAAUGAAAUUAUCAAUCCAGAUGAAGUUAAUAAUGAUGUUGAGAUUAUUGAUGACAUUGAAUGUAAUAAUGAUGUUGAGAUUAUUGAUGAUAUUGAAUGUAAUAAUGAUAUUGAAAUUAUUAGUGAUGAUGAUAAUGGUGAUUUAGUGAUGACUGGUCAUGAAAUAAAUGAUCGUCAUCAGACAUUCCACAACAUCAAAUCCAAAUUUAAGAAACGGUCUACAGCAGCACGUAAACGACGUAACAUUAAAUCAAGUCAUCGACAUCGAAGGAAUCGAUACAAAUUUGAAAUUAUCCGUCCAGUUAAUACAACCAUCACCAAUGUGAAAAAAAUUUUACGUUCUUAUGCUGUACCUUAUCUCAAUGUUAAUAUAGUACAAUCAACACUUUAUAUUGAUUUAAAAUCAAAAGACUUCCAAGGUUAUUUUGAACGUUUAUUACCAAUGGACUUAUUUACUUAA